AAACACCUCUACGUCAUCAGGGCGCGUCCUCGUUUUUCCCCUCCCAUCUCCUCAGAUCGGUGGACGUGCUCGCCUCCACUCGGGGCCAGGUCUAUGUCCCGGUUUCCCGCAGUCGCGGGCAGGGCGCCAAGGCGGCAGGAGGAGGGUGAGCGGUCAAGAGACCUCCAGGAAGAGCGGCUCUCGGCUGUUUGCAUCGCCGAUAGAGAAGAGAAAGGAUGCACGUCCCAGGAGGGAGGAACUACUCCAACUUUUCCUAUUCAGAAACAAAGAAAAAAGAUUAUUCAAGCUGUGAGGGACAAUUCAUUCCUUAUUGUUACUGGAAAUACAGGAAGUGGUAAAACAACUCAACUCCCAAAAUAUCUAUAUGAAGCAGGGUUUUCACAACAUGGUAUGAUUGGUGUAACUCAACCACGAAAAGUAGCUGCUAUAUCAGUUGCUCAGAGAGUAGCUGAAGAAAUGAAAUGCACUUUGGGAUCCAAAGUAGGAUACCAAGUUCGUUUUGAUGAUUGCAGCUCUAAGGAGACAGCAAUCAAAUAUAUGACUGAUGGAUGUUUACUGAAACAUAUUCUGGGAGACCCAAAUCUUACCAAAUUCAGUGUCAUUAUUUUGGAUGAAGCCCAUGAAAGAACUCUAACUACAGAUAUCUUAUUUGGUUUAUUGAAGAAGCUAUUUCAGGAGAAGUCUCCUAAUAGGAAGGAGCAUUUAAAAGUGGUGGUAAUGUCAGCAACUAUGGAAUUAGCCAAGCUCUCUGCAUUCUUUGGAAAUUGUCCAAUAUUUGAUAUACCUGGAAGGCUUUAUCCAGUCAGAGAGAAAUUCUGCAAUUUGAUUGGUCCACGAGACAGAGAAAAUACUGCGUAUAUUCAAGCGAUUGUGAAAGUCACCAUGGAUAUCCAUUUGAAUGAAAUGGCUGGAGACAUCUUGGUUUUUCUGACUGGCCAGUUUGAAAUAGAAAAAAGUUGUGAGUUACUUUUUCAGAUGGCAGAGUCUGUUGAUUACGAUUAUGAUGUUCAAGAUACCACCCUCGAUGGCUUGUUAAUAUUGCCGUGUUAUGGAUCAAUGACAACAGAUCAACAGAGGAGGAUAUUUUUGCCACCGCCACCUGGAAUUAGAAAAUGUGUCAUAUCCACCAAUAUUUCUGCAACGUCUUUGACAAUAGACGGAAUCAGAUAUGUGGUAGAUGGUGGCUUUGUGAAGCAGUUAAACCACAACCCCAGAUUAGGGUUGGACAUCCUGGAGGUGGUUCCAAUUUCAAAUUGAUCCAGAGUACCAGAAGGAAGCAGAACAGAGACAUCGAGAAUUGGCAGCUAAAGCUGGAGGAUUUAAUGACUUUGCAACUUUAGCUGUCAUCUUUGAACAAUGCAAAUCAAGUGGAGCUCCAGCUUCAUGGUGCCAAAAACACUGGAUUCAUUGGAGGUGCUUAUUUUCUGCAUUUCGUGUGGAAGCUCAACUUCGAGAACUAAUCAGGAAGCUUAAACAGGCAAUUGCCGUAAUGUUUUUUUUCUUGAGUAGCAUUUUGGACCUAUAUAUUUCAUAUUGAAGUUUCAUUGAUGUACAUUAGCACCCUUUCUAUUCUACCACCCUUCCAUUCUGUUUGUUUCUAUGACCUCCUUGACCCCAUGAAACAUUCCUAGUAGUGAAAAAAGAAUUGUCUUCACAGAAAUGAAGAUAUUUAAAAAUUGCUUUCCUGAUAUAUAAUUGACGUGUGAUAACCUACACAUAUUUAAUAUAUACACUUUGAUGAGUUUUGACAUUUGCGUAAAACAACUAUCAAGAUAAUGGUACAUAUCCAUCAUCUCCCAGUUUUCUCAUCCUCCCCCCCCCCCCUUUUUUUUUUUGAGAUGGAGUCUCACUCUGUCACCCAGGCUGAAGUGCAGUGGCGUGAUCUCAGCUCACUGCAAUCUCCACCUCCCAGGUUUAAGCAAUUCUUCUGCCUCAGCCUCCCAAGUAGCUGGGAUUACAGGCUUGCGUCACCACACCUGGCUAAUUUUUGUAGUUUUAGUAGAGAUGGGGUUUUGCCGUGUUGGCCAGGCUGGUCUCAAACUCCUGGGCUCAAGUGGUCCACCUGCCUCGGCCUCCCAAAGUGUUGGGAUUACAGGUGUGAGCCCCUGUACUCAGCCUGUUGGUGUUUUGUUUUGUUUGAGACAGGAUCUCACUCUGUUGCCCAGGCUGAAGUGCAGUGAUGCAAUAUGGGCUCACUGCAACCUUUGCCUCCUGGAUUCAAGUGAUUCUCAUGCCUCAGCCUCCUGAGUAGCUGGGACCACAGGUGUGUGCCACCAUGCCCGGCUAAUUUUUAUAGUUUUAGUAGAGAUGGGCUUUUACCAUGUUGCCCAGACCACAAACUCCUGAGCUCAACCAGUCCUCCCACCGUGGCCUCCCAAAGUGUUGGGAUUACAGGUGUGAGUCACCGCACCUGGCCACAAAUAGUGCUUUGUGUCCAUGGGUUCCACAUCUGUGGUUUCUGCAUCUGUGGAUUCAGCCAACCAAGGACUGAAAAUAUUUAGGGGCAGGCCAGGCAUCGUGGCUCACUUUGGGAGGCCGAGGUGGGCAGAUCACUUGAGGUCAGGAGUUCGAGACCAGCCUGGCCAAUAUGGUGAAACCCAGUCUCUACUAAAAAUACAAAAACUAGCUGGGCAUGGUGGCACCCACCUGUAAUCUCAGCUACUCGGGAGGCUGAGGCAGGACAAUCACUUGAACCCGGGAGGCAGAAGUUGUACUGAGCUGAGAUCAUGUCACUGCACUCCAGCCUUGUGACAGAGUGAGAAUCCACCUCAAAAAAAAAAAAAAAAAAAUUGGGGGGAGUGGAUAAAAGGAUGGUUGUGUCUGAACUAAACAUGUAUAGACUUUUUUUCCUUAUUAUUCCCUAAGUAAUAAUAAUAUAAUUACUAUUUAUAUAACAAUUGCUUUGUAUUAAAUAUUUUAAGUAAUCUAAGAUGAUUUAAAGCAUAUGGGUGUGCAUAGAUUAUAUGCAAAUACUGCAUCAUUGUAUAUAAGGGACCGGAGCAUCCAUGGAUUGUGGUGUCCACACGGGGUCCUGGAACCAAUUCCCUAGAGAUACUAAGGGAUGACUGUAUCCACUCCCUUCUCGGAUGAGGAAAUGGUGACUGAGCAUUUAUUAUUCUCUUAAGUUUGUACUUGUGCGUAUGUGGGUGACUAUGUAGGUGUCCCCAUUUUCACAGCAAUGUCUGAAACUGUAAGAUUCAUAAAGUAGCAGCUUGCCUGUAAAGAAAGCCUACAGAAGUGGGGAAAUCAGUAGAAUAUGAAAGUUUAGGGAAGAAAGAUUCCAGGAGGUGGGAACAACCUAUAGCGUAGAAUGCUGCAAAAAUGUCAAGCAGGAUGAGGUUUGAAAAGUGUCCAUUCAUUCAUUUAUUCCAUAAAUAUUUAUUGGCCACUUAGUAUAUGCCAAGAACUAUAUUAGGCAUUAGAUACAGUAAUAAACAAAGCCAGGCCGGGCACAGUGGCUCAUGCCUGUAAUCCUAGCACUUUGGGAGACAGAGUCGGGCAGAACACCUGACAUUAGGAGUUGAGACCAGUCUGACCAACAUAGCAAAACCCCGUCUCUACUAAAAAUGCAAAACUUAGCCAGGAGUGGUGGCACAUGCCCGUAAUCCCAGCUACUUGGGAAGCUGCGUCAGGAAAAUCACUUGAACCCAGGAGGCAGAGGUUGCAGUGAGCCAAAAUCACACCACUGCACUCCAGCCUGGGUCACAAAGUAAGACUCCGUUGCAAAAAUAUAAAAAUAAAAAUAAAGCCGGGCUCGGUGGCUCACGCCUGUAAUCCAGGCACUUUGGGAGGCCAAGGCAGGAGGAUCACCUGAGGCAGGAGUUCAAGACCAGCCUGGCCAACAUGGUGGAACCCCAUCUCUACAAAAAUAUAAAAAUUUGCAGGACAUGAUGGUAGGUGCCUGUAAUCCCAGCCACUAGACAGGCUGAGGUGGGAGAAUUGCUUGAACCUGGGAGGUGGAGGUUGCAGUAAGCUGAGAUCGCACCAUUGCACUCCAGCCUUGGCGACAGAACAAGACUGUGUCUCAAAAAAAAUACAAAAUAAAUAAAUAAAUAAGUUUAAAAAAUAUAAUAGGGGAGGUGCAAUGGCUCAUGCCUGUAAUCCCAGUACUUUGGGAGGCCGAGGCGGGCAGAUCACUUGAGGCCAGGAGUUUGAGACCAGCCUGGCCAACACGGAGAAACCUUGUCUCUACUAAAAAUACAAAAAUUAGCUGGGCAUGGUGGCGCAUGCCUAUAAUCCCAGCUACUUGGGAGGCUGAGGCAGGAGAAUCACUUGAACCAAGGAGGCGGAGAUUUCAGUGAGCCAAGAUCACGCCACUACACUCCAGCCGAGGCUACAGAGUGAGACACCGUCAUACAAUACAAUACAAUACAGUACAAUACAAUACAUCAAAACAAAACAAAAUAAAAUAAAAUCAAAAUUGUCCCUGCUGACAUUCAGUAUAGUGAAAGAGACAUACAUUUAAUGACUCAUUUAAGAAAUAAGCUGGAUGUGGUGGCUGACACCUGUAAUCCUAACAUUUUGAGAGGCCAAGAUGAGGGGAUAGCUUGAGGCCAGGGGUUCAAGAGCAGCCUGGGCAACAAAGCAAGACCCCGUCUCUAUAAAAAAAUAAAUUAGUGGGCCAGGCAUGGUGGCUCACGCCUGUAAUCCCAGCACUUUGGGAGGCCAAGGCUGGUGGAUCACUUGAGGUCAGGAGUUUGAGACCAGCGUGGCCAACAUGGUGAAACCCCGUCUGUACUAAAAAUACAAAAAAUUAGCCAGGCGUGGUGGCAGGGGCCUGUAAUCCCAGCUACUCGGGAGGCUGAGGCAGGAGAAUCGCUUGAACCCAGGAGGUGGAGGUUGCAGUGAGCCAAGAUCGCAGCAUUGCACUCUAACCUGGGCAACAAGAGCAAAACUCCAUCUCAAAAAAAAAAAAAACUAAAAAUAAAAAUAAAUUAGUGGAUGCACUAAUAAAUAUAAAAUAAUAAUAAAAAUAAAUUAGUGUGCACCUGUAGUCUCAGCUACUCAGGAGGCUGAAGCUAGAGGAUCACUUGAGCCUGGGAGAUUGAGGCUGCAGUGAUAGUGCCACUGCAUUGCAGCCUGGGCAAAAGAGUGAGAUCCUGUCUCAAAGAAAAAAAAAAAAAAAGAAGUAUUAACAUUUUAAGACUU